AUGGGGGAAGAAAGUCAUCUGCAGGAGGAAAUGGAUGAUGGCGGGCUGCAGGAAGAGACGGCUGCGGAGCAGGGUGAGAUGGCAUUUGCUGGGGGACAACCGCCACAGCCAAAUAAAAGCAUCUUAGACGAUGUUUGGCUGACACAUGUGGGGGCGAUAAUUGGGGUCGCGUGCUGGUCGCUUGCGGGAACGGCAUUGCGUCUGGCGAUAGAGCAGACAUUUGUACGUAACGCCGUUCUCACCACCUACACCACUUACGGCCCGAACUGUAUUGGCUGCUACCUGAUGGGUUUUAUAGCAUCACUGGCAUCCAGCAAGUCACAAAAUGCCAUUUUUCCAUGGAUCUUCCGCAGUCUUCUUGUCGGUUUUUGCGGUUCCUUGACAACCUUCUCUAACUGGAUGCUUGACACCGUGAGACAAGAGCGCGUUGCUCUGUGCUUUGGUGAGCUUGUCUCUGGCCUGACAAUGCCUUUUGUUUUUUUUCUUUGGGGCCGUGACACCGCUUUUUUAUUACGGGCAUUUAUUAUGCCGUCGCUGGGUUGCAUAAUUGGCACAAGUGCUAGCCGUUACGAAUUAGGAGGGAGACAAAUGCGCCUCGUCAACGUCAUAUUUCUUUUCGUGUCGGUUGUAGCCGCGGUGGCGGUUCCCGUUGCGAUUGAGGCGUCUGUGCAUCGUCACCUGUUGAACGUGAGUUUCAUUAACCGUCGUUCUGUUGUCAUUUCUCCUCUCGGCGCCGUGCCCCGCUACCUGUUGGCCCAGUUGUUGAAUGGAAGCAGUCGCUUUUGGAACUUCCCGAUCGGCACAUUCGCCGCAAACAUGAUUGCGGUUUUGCUUAUGGGGUUGCUGGAUCAUUUCUACCGAACUGGGGGCAAUGUUUGGUGCAAAAUUGCGAUGGAUGGGCUUUGUGGAUCGCUUUCGACAGUUUCUUCUUUUGUCAAUGAAAUGAUUGGGUUUUACAGCUCUGACAACCGCAGGUUGAUGUACAUAUAUGCAAUAAUAUCCGUGGCAGUGGGGGCCGCACUCAUGAGCGUAUGUCGUCAUGUUUUUUAA